UGUGUUAAUCACGCUAUACUGCAUUUCCAAUUCCGGAUUGCAAGUUCCAAGCUCCCACGGCGAUUCCCAUGUGGCUCUCGGGGUGGAAAGCGAUCGUGAUUCGUCGUCGAUAUCCCAAUUACUCUAGCAAAAAGGGAAAAUUCAGCAGCAUGCUUCGAAGGUCAAUUUUGGAACUAUCAAGUCACCGAGGGUCUCGUCAGAGAAUACCAAGGCAGAUUAUAUCCCAGAGUUCAUCGCCGUUUCUUUAUUCGAGAAAGCAAUUUUGUACCUCUCCUGGAGAAAAUACUACUCCAAAUCCUGGUUCAACCGGAGUUCCGCCUGAAUCGAAGAGUGGGUUUCCAAGAGCUGUCAUUGGCAGUGCGGUUAUUGUUGUUGGUGCUGCCUUGGUUGCUUACCGAGUCGGAUACUUAGAUCAAUAUCUUGGUGAAGUGCCCAAGAGUUAUGUUGAUUCGAAGAAAACUGGUUUUGAUAAUAAAGAUGAAGAGAAUAUUCAAGUUGUUGCUUCUCAUAACAAAGAAAUAAAAGGGCUAACUCCUAAUGUGGACUUGCACGAGCAAGAGGAAGCAACUCCUAUUGAUUUUCCUUCCCUGCUUGAAAGCUCGAGUGAAACCCCAGGGCUAAACCAGCCUAAUGCUGAAGGAAAGUUGGAUGGCUUGGAUGGGACACUUGGAGAUAGCACAAUGCCAGGACCAGAAUAUUCUGAAAGCAGCUUGCCUUCUGGUGAUCACACUGCAGAUGCUGAUGUAUCAGCUGAGGGGGAUCUUAGAAAUGCGGAGCCUGAACCUGCAUUGAUGCCAAGCAAGGAUAUUCAAGAUUUUCAAUUGGAUUCCCAAUCAAGUGCAUCCCUCGGAGAAAAGGAGGCAAAAGCUCUAGAACCUCAUUCUCAUACUACUACAGACAAUCUACAGGAUGAAACAAGUAAAGAUGCAGAUACAACUAGUUUUGCCCUUGAAGAAAGCCUAAUAAAAGCUGUGCCUUCUCUGCAUCCCAGUACAUCAAACAUACCUCAGGAUGAACAAAGUAAAGGUGCAGAAGUGUCUAGUUUAGCCCCUAAAGAAAGCCAAAUAAAAGAUUUUCCAUUUUUGCAUCCCGCUAUAGCAGACAUACCUCUGGCUAAACCAACUGAAGAUAGAGGGGCUCCAAAUUCUCUUCUUGAUGCCUAUCACCUUUGGGACAAGGCAGAUGAAAGAUAUUUAGCUUCUCUAAAUGGAAAAUAUGAGCAGCUUUCUAAAGAAACAGAGGGUUUCGGUACAGCAGUUGAGGAACUAAAUGAGGGAUAUUUAUCCAAGGAUGGAAAAUUAGUUCUCAGUUUCCUCCAAGCCAUUCAUUCUGCCGAAAAGCGACAAGCUGAGCUGGAUGCACAUGCUUUUGCUGAAGAAAAACAAGCAUUGAAGGAGAAAUAUGAAAAGGAAUUAAGGAAUUCAAGAGCUAGGGAACUAAUGCGUACAGAAGAGGCUGCCAUAUUGGAUAAGGAAUUAAAGAGAGAAAGAACAAAGGCUGCAGCUGCUAUAAAAGCACUUCAAGAAAAAAUGGAAGAGAAACUGAGGAUGGAACUUGAAGAAAAGGAAAGAGAAGCUGAACUGAAGUUGCAAAAAGCUCAGGAGCUAGGAAAAGCAGAACUGGCUGCAGCAAUUGCAACAGAGAAAGCAGCACAGAUUGAAAAAGUGGCAGAAGCAAAUCUUAAUAUAAAUGCUUUAUGUAUGGCUUUUUUUGCACGAUCUGAAGAAGCACGCAAAAGUCAUUCUGUUCACAAGCUCGCUUUGGGAGCACUUGCACUAGAAGAUGCACUUUCUAAAGGAUUACCGAUCCAGAAAGAAAUAGAUUCUCUGCGUACCUUCCUGGAAGGUAUUGAGAAGGAUUCAGUAUUAGAUUUGGUACUUUCGUCUCUUCCGGAAGAAACUCGGUACCAUGGUACAGAUACUCUACUACAGUUGAAUCAGAAGUUUAAUGCAAUGAAAGGGAGCCUUAGGCAUUUCAGCCUAAUUCCACCUGGUGGUGGUGGUAUCUUGACUCAUUCUUUAGCACAUAUCGCAUCCUGGUUAAAGGUGAAGGAUGUUGACCAAUCUGGUGAAGGGAUCGAGUCUUUAAUCAGUAGAGUUGACAAAUGCUUGGCUGAAGGAAAGCUCGCUGAAGCAGCAGCCGUCUUGGAGCAAGGUGUCAAAGGUAGACAAGCGAGGGAGAUAGUCGGCGAUUGGGUGAAAAGAGCGAGGAGGAGGGCCAUCACGGAGCAAGCUUUAACCGUACUUCAAUCGUAUGCUACGUGCAUCAGUCUUACCUAAUCUUCCGUCCUGGAACACUUGGCUCAAACAAAAUCUUGGGUAUGGAAUUUACAAAUCUCACGAUGCUUAUUUUUCUUAAAAG